CCUAUUGGUAUGCCUUAAAUCCUCCGACAUAUAAGGGGAUAACGCCCCGUCAGGUACCGGCUUUGCAUUAUCGACUAAACAGUCAUCAUGCUUUCUCAGCUACUGGCUAACUGCACGGCUUCAUUGAUCCCUUUUCCAACCGUCGUCGGGGCCGAAUUCCUGUCCGUUCAAGCAUCACCGGUCUCCAACUAUUCCCUGAACCUCCCGGCGUCAUACGAGUACCUUAUAGGCGACGUCGACACCACGAACCUAUCAUUCUGCAAUGUAACAUUGACCCAUACGCAUCCAGGCCAUAAUGACACAGUCAUCACCCAAGCAUGGCUCCCUGUACAGCCGGCAUGGAACAACCGAUUCCAAGCAGUUGGUGGAGGACAAUGGAGCGCCGGGCUAGACUCGAACGCAUAUCUCGCCAUGACUGUGGCAGUAGCUGGCGGCUUUGCGACAGUGACGACAAACGGUGGUGUACCUUCUAGCGACCCAGACGACUGGGCAUUACUGAGUCCAGGCAAUGUCAAUGUUCACGCUCUCGAAGACUUCGCCUCAGUAGCAUUGAAGGACUCCACACUGGCGGCUAAAAGCGUUAUUCAAAGCUUCUACGGCCAGUCUGCGCGAUAUUCGUACUGGCGUGGCUGCUCGCAAGGUGGUCGUCAGGGCCUCAUGUUUGCUCAGAAAUAUCCCGAUGUAUUCGAUGGCAUUCUCGCCGCAGCUCCAGCAAUCUACUCGCAGUUCCUGGUCGCGGCGCAGUUUCCGCAGCAAGUCAUGAACGAGAUGGGACAGUAUCCUCAUCCCAGCGAAAUCGACGCUCUUACGACGGCAGCCAUAGCGGCUUGUGAUGGCCUCGAUGGUGUCGUCGACGGCAUCAUAUCAAACCCGGACGCAUGCCAUUUCGACCCGUACACGCUGGUAGGCACACCUCUAAACGGCAGCUCCUGUUCCAAUUCCAUGACCAUCUCCAAAGCCGCUGCCCGGGUCGCCGACGCAGCAUGGAACAACGCGCGCAGCGCCAACGGCUCCUUCCUCUGGUACACACCUGGCUACUCCGCAAACCUCACCGCCUCGGGAAGCAUCGCGGAAACAACGUGCUCGAACUGCACCUCUUGCCAGGGCGAAACCAUCGAAAUGGUCACCGACGAAAUCCGCCUCUUCGUCGAGAAAAACCCAAACUUCAACGUCUCAGCAAUGUCACGCCGCGACUUCGAGCGCGCACUGCACACCGCAGCGCAUGAGUAUGAUUCCAUCAUCGGCACGAGCUCGCCUGAUCUCGCUGGUUUCCGCAAAGCUGGCGGCAAGAUGAUAACGUAUCAUGGUCUGGUAUGUCCCCCUCUCCCUACUCUUCACGCAUAACAUGACAUGACACGUGAGCUUACCACCCCCCAGGCCGACGAAUUCAUCCCCUUCCGCAACACGCGCCACUACUACGACGCAGUCACGGCAUUCGACCCCGACACGCCCGUGCAGAA